AUGCGGUCACUCCCAAAUGACGUACUCCUCUUGGUAGGAGAACAGAUAGAUCAGCAGAUGGACCGCUGGAACCUCCUUUUUGUCUCUCAUCAUUUUCACGAUCUCUUCCUACCCUUGCUCUAUCGCACGGUACCCCUCAAGAACUGGAAUGAUGCCAAAUCAUUUCUUCUUGCCGUUCGUAAACGACGGCAACUUGCCCGGGUCGUCCAGAAACUGGACCUGAUCGGCUGGCGAUCGAAGAGGAUAUCCAAUGACGAAAAAGUUGAACUUCAAUGUUCUGCUGCUCUACAUGAAUGGCUGGAUAUUGUAUCAUAUUCCAACAAGGAAAAAAGAGAUUGGGCCCGGGACCUUGCCAAAGGCUUGGGAGAUGCUUGGAUUGCUCUUUUGCUGCCUUUGUUGAACCAGCUAAGACAGCUCCAUCUCGUAUAUGGUACUGAUACGCCCUACCUGAACCGGAUCAUGCAACAAGCCAUUUCUGGCGAACGACCAUUCGAUACCUACCCGCCGUUCCGUUGCCUUCGAGAGGUUACUCUGAACCGCCGAGACGACUUUGAUCUACCGGAUCACCGCAAUCCCACAGGCGAAGAGCCUCGGUCGUCUGCCUCGCUCCUUCUUCCAUUCUUUCAAUUGCCAUCAGUUCGUACGAUAACGGCCGACUCGGUAAUAGACCCUAGUUUAGACAUUGGCCCCGAAAGCCAACCCCGGACAGGACGAUCACCGAUGGGGUUGUCCUCGAUCACCGAAAUCGAUCUCCGCGCGAGCAAUGCGAACUACGGAAUGGAGGUACUGGUUGCUUCGUGUGCAGACUUGAAAUCCUUCAAGUAUCAACAUUCUGACUCCCAUGUUUGCUCCCAUGGGUACCAACCAUCAGCACUGUAUCGCUCGCUGGCCCCAAGCAAAGCGAGUCUCCAAACCCUAUGGCUGGAUCACCAUGGUAGCCACUACCCGUUCACGGCUCUGGGUUUGAACCAAACCCACGAUGAGUGGUUUGGGUCACUGGUAGACUUCACUGUUCUGCGCGAGGUUCGCAUCCGGUUGCCCAACCUGCUCGACAUUCGAUAUUCCAACGAGCCCACCACGCCUCUCAUUGACUGCCUACCAUCAUCCCUGGAGGCUAUUUAUAUCGAGGGUUGUGAGGAGCGACAUGUGCCUAUGUUAGUGAGGCAGCUCCAGGCAGUGAUUAAGAACCGACGUACUCGCGCGCCGCGACUGCAGCAGAUAGAUAUUGAGGGCGGAUUCCAGAACGCCCCUUCCGAGGACUCUGGUCAUACUGACGUCCUCCCGUCAACCGCUUUGGAAGGCACUGUCAAGGAAAAGAUCCUCCAGGCUGCCGAGCCCCUACACUUGGGCUGCAUCGAUGCUGGUAUUGAUUUGCAUGUUCAUGACCGGGCACUAGCACAGGGCCCGCCCCUCUAA